AUGCCAGAGGACGUUCACGGUUUAGCAGAAAAUGGUGUUCCUCUUUGGGACUCAUCCCGCGGUUCUCUAUCUGGCGACGCGGGAGACUCCACGAAUCAAGAGGCGACAGAUGGGAUCCGAAAUUCCUGUGGCACUAGGUUUCAGAACCUGGAACCCCUGACUAUUCUUUUCCAACUGAAUCGUUCAGCUGUAGCACCCUUUCGGUGCCCAGCUGCCAUGCCACAAGAAGGAAGCACGAGGGCUGGGAUACUGCCAGGUUGCCCAAGCCUAGACAGGGGAAGUCGAGUGGCAGAAGUCGGGUUCGAACCUUCCGAUCAGUAA